AUGUCACAAUUGCAUUCGUUCUAUCCUGAAAUUGAGCCAUACAAUAAUGGCUAUCUAAAAGUAUCUGAUGUUCAUCAAAUCUACUACGAGCAAAUCGGAAAUCCUAAUGGUAGACCAAUCUUAUAUGUUCACGGCGGCGGAGGUACCAAUGGAUGUUGUGAUAAAGAACGUAGAUUUUUCGAUCCUUCGUAUUAUCGAGCAAUUUUGGUAGACAGAAGAGCCUUAGGCCGAUCCAAACCUUUCGGUGAAAUUAAGGAUAAUGACACUUGGAAAGUUGUCGAAGAUUAUGAAAAACUGAGAAAAUUCUUAGAAAUCGAAAAGUGGUUAAUUUUCGGUGGCAGUUGGGGUUCAACGCUUACAAUGAUUUACAGCGAACUUUAUCCAGAUAGAGUAACUGGUCUAAUUCUACGCGGUGUAACUUUAGGACAAGGAAAAGACCUCCAGUGGAUCUACCACGCUGGAGCCUCUAAUAUUCUUCCAGAAUUCUUCGAGACUUACGCGAAUGCAAUUCCAGAGGCAGAGAGAGAUGAUAUAGUAAUGGCUUACUGGCGGCGAAUAAACAGUGAUGAUAAAGAGACUAGAAUUAAAUAUGCGAAACUGUGGACGCAUUGGGGCUGUGCACUUUCCAUAAUACACGAUCACGAAGUUGAUCUUAGUAUGGGUCUCGACGAUGAAGUAAUCUACUUAUCAGCAAGACAUGACAAUCACUUUGCUGCCAACCGAGGAUUUUUUAGCCCUGACAAGGAGAAUUAUGUGCUAAAGCAUAUCCAUAAAAUUCGUCAUAUACCUUGCAUCAUUGUCCAUGGACGGUAUGAUGUCAUAUGUCCAGUUCAGCGAGCUUGGGAUUUGCACAAGAAUUGGCCAGAGGCAGAUUUACGAAUUAUCCGUAACGCAGGACAUACUAUUAAUGAUAUUCCAUUGGCCUCUGCUCUUAUCGCAGCUAUCAAGGAAUUCCAGCAAAAAGGUUAUUGA